AUGGGCCGCUUUCUUUCUCUGAUCCCCCUCUUCCUCUGGCUCCUCUCUUCAGGGAUUCUUCGCCUCGAUCCUCACCUGAGGUGCACACCUCCCUUUGCUGCUCAUCAGACAGCCGCUUUGCAAAGCCUUGCCGACUCCCUCGCCAUUCGGCUUCCCGAAUGUCCUCCGAUACCCCGAUCCCCGUCCUCCCCUCCGAGCCCUCCGACCGCCGCCAUGACCGAGAGUACGUCCACCACAUUUCCUUUCUUCCUACACUUCGCACACAAUGAUGAGGGCCCUUGA